AUGCGGACAUCUCGUGCAUCAAGGGAGACGGCAAAGGUCCUUCAGGCGCUCUCACCCCCUGGCGGGCGUCGUCAGACGCGCAGUGCGUCUGGGGCAAAUGUACUUCGCGAAUUUGCAUAUAAUGGGGGCGUGAAUGAUCGUGCUGGGUCGGACAUGCCUACGAGUGAUGACGAAAUCUCGUCUCUCUCAUCUCUCUCUUCUGAUACGGUCGACAUAGAGGAUAUCUUGGAACCACCUGCCAAACGACAUAAAAGCAAAAUAGACAAACUGCCGACGAGGGGAACUAGUUCUCGGUUUACUCCCGCGAGAAUGCGAACACCCGAGAAAAAAACUAAGAAAUCGGUCGAGAGUAAGCAGGAAUCUUCCAAAGCUCGGAAAGAGCCAGCUAGAAAGGUCAAAGGCGAGGACGGCUCAUUUAAAGUUGAACCACCCUCUAACUGGGAGACCAUUUAUUCCACCGUCAAAAAGAUGCGAGAGGAGAACCCAACAGCACCCGUUGAUACCAUGGGUUGUGCUGAGCUCUACUGGCGCGCAUCGUCCCCCCGAGACAAACGCUAUCAAACUCUCGUCGCGUUGAUGUUGUCGUCACAAACCAAGGACACCGUAACGGCAGUGGCUAUGCAGCGAUUGCACACUGAACUUGGAGAAGCCCCACUCAUAGGGUCCGUUAUGAUCAAGGAAGAGGCAGAGGAUUCUAAAACCGAGCAACCCGUCAGAGACAGUACCCUGAAUUUGGAGAAUAUCUUGGCUGUCGCGCCUGAGCGCCUUAAUCAACUUAUCGGGACAGUGGGUUUCCACAACAACAAAACCAAGUAUAUAAAAGCAGCAGCGGUCAUUCUUCGAGACCAAUACGAUUCCGAUAUUCCAUCGACUGCUUCGGAGCUGAUGAAACUUCCAGGGGUGGGUCCGAAGAUGGCGUAUCUUUGCAUGAGUGCUGCUUGGGGGAAGGAUGAAGGCAUCGGAGUGGAUGUCCACGUCCAUCGUAUCACAAACCUCUGGGGCUGGCACAAGACGAAGAAUCCGGAGGAAACGCGCAUGGCUUUGGAGUCUUGGUUACCAAAGGAUAAAUGGCACGAAAUCAACAAGCUGCUGGUGGGUCUAGGCCAGACAGUCUGCUUACCGGUAAGAAGGAAGUGCGGUGACUGUGACCUCGCAGGGACUAAACUUUGCAAGAGUGAAAUCAAGGGGCUUGUCUCGAAGAUUAAGGAGGAGAAGGAGGCGAAGGAGAAUCUUAAGCUGGAGGAGGGUGAAGGAGUCCAGGUAAAGUUAGAGGGGGAGUAG